AUGAGACUAUCGUGGGCUACGAGUGUCAGCGCUCUGCUGCUAAGUAGUGUUGCUUCCAGUCAUCCGACACAGCGUGACGGAGCCAUUCAUGAAUCCGUCUCUCAACUUCCAUGGGGAUGGAGGCAUGUAGCCCCAGCAGAAGACUUCUUGACCGUGCGGCUGUCUAUCGCCCUGAAGCAGCCCGGGUUGUCUGAGCUCAAGAAGCGUCUCGAUGUCACCAGCGAUCCGUCGCAUACCGAGUAUGGCCAGCACGUCUCUCGGGAUCUCAUAGACACCCUCCGCGAGCCCGGUCUGGAUGCCUACCCGGUUGUCGCGUCGUGGCUCGAGACGUAUGAGAUCCACGACUUCAAGCUGGACGGCGCGUGGGUGCGUCUGAACACCACCGUCGGCAAGGCGAAUCGUCUGCUGGACUGCAAGCUUUCCAAGUACCAGUUCAAGGGCGAGAAGCCUGUUCUCCGUGCCAAGGAGUACACCGUCCCGGCCCGUGUGGCGGAACAUGUCGACUUCGUCUUCCCGGUUACCCAGUUCAUCAGCAAGCCGCCUAGGAGACAGGAUUCCGUGCAGGAGCUGAAGAAGACCAAGCGAGCCAGCAGUUUGCCUCAAAGCUACUGGGACUACACCACGCCGCAAUGCAUCGUAGACCUCUACAACAUCAACUACGCCCCUCCCAACGGCCCGUCCCCCACGGACUUCGGCAUCGCGGGCUUCCUCGACGAGUACCCCAACGUGCCCACCCUGCAAGCCUUCCUCGCGUCGUACAGCCCCCGCCGAAACGCCACCGGCUUCUCGCCCGCGUACAACCUCACCGUCGAGUCCAUCAACGGCGGCAACACCACCACCGAAGGCGGCGGCGUCGAGGCCCUCCUCGACAUCCAGUACAGCAUGCCCUUCAUCCAGCCCAUGAACGUGACGUACUUCUCCACCGGCGGCCGCGGCCCCGAGAUCGGCGACGACGGGAAGGAAAAGACGCCUCAGGAGAGCGGGGACGAACCGUGGGUUGAGUUCCUCGAGGCGCUGCUCGCGCGGGAGACGAUCCCCCAUGUGAUUUCCAUCUCGUACACGGAUGAUGAGCAGGCCAUCCCGCUGCCGUACGCGCGCAAGGUUUGCGACCUGUUCAUGCAAGUCGCCGCCCGCGGCGUGUCCGUCCUGGUCGCCACUGGAGACGGCGGCGCCGCCGGUGUGCGGUCUGGCAACUGCGUGUCCAACGACGGGAAGAACACCACAAAGUUCAUCCCGACGUUCCCCGUCGACUGCCCUUACGUCACCGGCGUCGGCGCCACGGGCAACUAUCUGCCCGCCGAGCCGGCGUGGUACAGCUCCGGCGGGUUCAGCGAGUACUUCGAGCGGCCCGCCUGGCAGGAGUCCGCCGCCAAGGCGUACAUUGACCGCAUCAACGGAUCGCACGCUGGGUGGUACACAGCCGGUGGGCGCGGGAGUCCCGAUCUGUCUGCGGUGGGCUCGCGGUUCUUGAUGCAGCCUGGGUGGACGCAGAAGGGGACCAGCGCGAGCACCCCGGUCGUGGCGGCGAUGGUUGCGCUUGCGAAUGAUAAGCGGAUGAGGGAGGGUAAGGCGCCGUUGGGGUUCCUGAAUCCUCUUCUUUACUCGGACAAGCUCCGCUCUGCGUUUGUCGAUGUGACGAGCGGAUCGAGUGGCAGCUGUCCGAUUGGCGACCAGGUUGAGAGCGGAUGGUUGGCGACUGAGGGGUGGGAUCCGGCGACGGGUCUGGGGACAUUGGACUUUGCCAAGUUUAUUGAGGCACUCGCAUAA